AUGUCUUUCCAGCUAUCUACCAAUGGUACUAGUUGCCAGUUUUGGGACUAUGACGAUAUCACCAAAUGUGCAAGAUUAAAAUUAGACUAUUAUCCUCCACUAAUAUUAACUGCAGUAUCCUUUGUUAUACUAUUAGUCAAGUCAUUCAUAUCAUACUACAAGAAAAGACGAGGUCAAAUCAAGUUAUCCGAUGAAACACGUCCUCUUUUAGCAACGAGCGAUAAUUAUGGAACUACCACUAUAACAACAACGGAUGAUAAGGAGUUGAGUAAAGAGGAUUUGAAGGCAUUGCAUUUUGACCUUGCGAGAUUACCUGAUACAAAUAUUGACGGAACUCCUCAUGGCUAUGUUAAGGAGGUAUUUAAAAACACUACAGAGAGUUUAAGAGUUUCUGUUGAGUACGUCUUCGUGAUACUAUCCUUGGGAUUGCAUUUGUCGCCUUUGGUUAACAGGAAGUUGAAUAAAGAAAUCAGCAGUACUCGUGUGGUCUUUGCUCAACUGGUUCUUUGGAUAUACUUGUUCAUCAUUGUCACAAUUAGAGUCAUCAAUAUGAAACGCGUAACGAUUAGAUUGCCCAACUUGUGGAUUCACACUACAACAUUGUACUUUUUCAACAUUUUUCCAGCGUUAAUAACGUUCCGCUCAGCCUUGAUCACGACUACUUUAAACAAAACUAGUCGAGAAUUUUAUAUUUUCCAAUUUGCAAUUGACGCUUUGUUGUUGACAUUGAACUUGACUGCUAAAAUUGGUGAUAAGCCUUCUCAACUAUACAUUACCCCUGGUGUUGAACCCAAUCCAGAAAACGUUUCAAGUAUUGCAUCGUUUAUAUCUUACAGUUGGUUGGACAAAAUGGUUUGGAAAGCGUACAAGCAGCCAUUGAAAAUCAGCGACAUUUGGGGGUUGAGAGAAGAUGAUUACGCUUUGUAUGUAUUGAAAGGAUUUGAAACAAGUAAAUCUACUUUGAGAUUUACUUACAAGAUCUUUUUCCACUUCAAAUUCCUUUUCGGUAUUCAAGCUUUUUGGGCAAUAAUCCAAUCAAUGAUUGUUUUUGGACCGUCAGUUUUGCUCAAGAAGGUUUUGGAGUACGUGGCUGAUCCAGACUCGAUCUCGGCCAAUUUGGCUUGGACUUUUGUAUUUAUGAUGCCAAUUGUCAAAAUUUUGGACUCCAUUUGUUCUGGUUGUUCGUUGUUCUUGGGUAGAAGAGUUUGCGUCAGAAUGAAAGCGGUCAUAAUUGGUGAAGUUUAUGCUAAAGCCUUGCGGAGAAAGAUUACUGUGACUGAAACUACCGCUGAAGAAUCUUCAAUCGAUGAUAAAAAGUCAUCGAGUGACGAAGAUAGUAAUAGUAACAGUGAAAAGGAAUCAAAGAGCACCGCUGAAUUGGGUGCCAUCAUUAACCUUAUGGCUAUUGAUGCAUUCAAGGUGUCGGAGAUUUGUGGAUACUUGCAUUACUUUGUUGGUGCAAUCUUGAUGAUUGUCUUUUGCACGGUUUUGUUGUACAAUUUGUUAGGUUGGAGUGCCCUUGUUGGGUCAUUGGCAAUUGUUGUAUUGUUACCGGUAAAUUAUCAAUUUGCUCAAUGGUUGGGAAGAUUACAAAAACAAAUGUUGGGUGUCACUGAUAAAAGAAUUCAAAAAUUGAAUGAAACUUUCCAAAGUAUUCGUAUUAUCAAGUUUUUUGCUUGGGAGGACAAGUUUUUCCAAAGUGCAAUGGAUAUCAGAAAUGAAGAGUUGAAAUAUUUGAAAUAUAGGGCUGCUGUUUGGUGUGCUGCUUCAUUUGUGUGGUUUGUCACUCCAACUUUAAUUACUUUGCUUUCCUUUUACUGUUACACAAUAAUCGAAGGUCACACUUUAACCGCGCCAGUUGCAUUCACUGCUUUGUCAUUGUUUACAUUAUUAAGAUCUCCAUUGGAUCAGUUGGCGGAUAUGACUUCUUUUGUAAUUCAAUCAAAGGUAUCGUUGGAUAGAGUUGCUGAUUUCCUCGAUGAGGCCGAAACAUCAAAAUAUGAUCAAUUAGCCCAAGAAAAGGGACCCAACUCACCCGAAAUUGGAUUUGAAAAAGCCACAUUGUCGUGGAACUCACUGUCAAAAUCAGAUUUCAAGUUGCGCGAUUUGGACGUCACUUUCAAGCCAGGUAAAUUGAAUGUCAUUAUUGGGCCAACAGGUGCAGGUAAAACAUCCUUGCUUUUGGGUCUUCUUGGAGAAAUGGAUUUGCUAAGUGGUAAAGUUUUCUUGCCAGGUAUCAUACCUCGUGAUGACUUGAUCCCUGAUGAGCAUGGAUUAACAGAAUCUGUGGCCUACUGCUCGCAAUCAGCUUGGUUAUUGAAUGACACCAUCAGAGGCAAUAUCACCUUUGGCUCACCGUUUAAUCAAGAGCGUUAUGACGAUGUUAUUGAAGCUUGUGGAUUGACGCGUGAUUUACAAAUCUUGAGUGCUGGUGAUCAGACUGAAGUUGGUGAAAAGGGUAUCACAUUGUCAGGUGGUCAAAAGCAAAGGGUCUCUCUUGCUAGAGCAUUAUAUUCAAACUCAAAACAUUUGUUACUUGAUGAUUGCUUAUCUGCUGUUGAUUCACAUACGGCAUUGUGGAUCUAUGAAAAUUGUAUUACUGGUCCUUUGAUGCAAGGAAGAACAUGUAUUUUAGUAUCUCAUAAUGUCGCAUUGACUGCUCAGCAUGCCGAAUGGAUCGUGGUUAUGGAGAAUGGAAGAGUCAAGAACCAAGGUACCACUGAUGCCUUGUUAGAAUCAGGUGAUUUGGGUGACGAUGAGUUGGUUAAAUCAUCUGUCAUGAAUUCGAGAACUCAAUCUUCGCAAAACUUGCAGUCACUCGGUGAUAAGAAUGCGGAAAUGAAAGCUAAGUCUGCAGCAAUUGAGCAAAAAUUGAAGAAUUUAAAAAAUGGCGAUGAAGAGGCUGAAGAAGAACCUUUGGUAAAGACUGAUGGUAAAUUAGUUGAAGAAGAAAACAAAGCUGAGGGUGUGGUUAGCUCAAAAGUUUAUAUCGAUUACGCUAAAGUUUUGGGUGGUUGGAAAGUUUGGACAGUAAUUUUUGUCACUUUUGUUGCUUCACAAGUGGUGUACAUGUAUCAAUCAUGGUGGUUGAGAACAUGGUCGAUUCAUAGUGAAAACGGUGCUGAAAUGAUAAAGUCAGCAGUCAGCUCGAUGGGUCAGGUUUUGGAUAGCUCCCACUUGGCCCAAUUACCUGGAGUACGCAACUUCGUUGGAGCUGUCAGGUAUGUAAACUUUUCCAUGGCGAAAGUGGACCAAGUUGCUGAACAACACUCAACAUUGUAUUACAUCACCAUUUAUGGAAUCAUUGGAUUUGGUUAUGGGUUUACUGCAUGUGUCAGAAUCUUGGUGACGUUCUUUUCUGGUAUUCGAGCAUCGAAUCGUAUUUUCAAAAGAGUCUUGAUGACUAUUCUUCGUGCAAGAUUGAGGUUUUUUGACAAGACCCCGUUGGGUCGUAUCAUGAAUAGAUUUUCCAAGGAUAUUGAAUCUGUUGAUCAAGAAGUGACUCCUUUUGCUGAAGGUGUUCUCAUUUGCGUUGUUCAAUGUGUGUCAAUUUUGAUUUUAAUCACAUUCAUCACCCCCGGAUUCCUUGUUUUUGCAUUUGUCAUUGGAUUUUUAUACUACUUGGUUGGAUAUUUCUACUUGACAUUGUCGAGAGAGUUGAAGAGAUACGAGUCCAUCACAAAAUCGCCAAUUCACCAGCACUUUUCUGAGUCAUUAACGGGUGUUGCCACUAUUAGAGCAUAUGGUGUUGAGUCUAGAUUUAUGAAGCAGAAUUUGCAAGCAAUUGAUAAUAACAAUCGACCAUUUUUCUACUUGUGGGUAGCCAACAGAUGGCUUUCUAUCAGAAUCGAUACUGUUGGUUCGUUGGUUAUGUUUUUUGCCGGUAUAUUUGUCUUGUUAUCAGUUGGUAAUAUCGAUGCCGGUUUAGCUGGUUUGUCAUUGUCAUAUGCUAUUGCAUUCAGUGAAAGUGCUCUUUGGGUUGUACGUCUUUAUGCCAAUGUUGAGAUGAAUAUGAACUCGGUCGAGAGAUUGCAGGAGUAUCUUGAAGUUGAACAGGAACCACCUUAUGAAAUCAAAGAAACUGAGCCACCAGCGAACUGGCCCGACAAGGGACAAAUUUCCGUCAAUGAUGUAUCAUUGAGAUAUUCUCCUGAAUUACCUCGCGUCAUUAAGAAUGUAACUUUUGAUAUUGAUCCUUGUAACAAGGUGGGAAUUGUUGGAAGAACAGGUGCUGGUAAGUCUACCAUCAUUACGGCGUUUUUCCGAUUCUUGGAUCCUGAAAGUGGUUCAAUCAAAAUUGAUGGUGUUGAUAUCACUACGAUUGGAUUAAAGAAUUUGCGUCAAGCAAUCACAAUUAUUCCACAAGAUCCAACGUUGUUUGCCGGUACAAUAAGAUCCAACUUGGAUCCAUUUGAGCAAUAUUCAGAUACUGAUAUCUAUGCCGCUUUGAAGAGAGUCAACUUGAUUGAUCCAAAUGAACAAAGCCCUUCAUCAUCAUCAGCCACUGCAGCCUCUGCUGACGAGAACCAGAAUAAAUUUCAUGAUUUAGAGAACCCCAUAACCGAAGGAGGAGGCAACUUGUCCCAGGGAGAGCGUCAAUUGGUUUGUCUUGCCCGUUCAUUAUUGAAGAAUCCCAAGAUAAUCUUGCUUGAUGAGGCCACCAGUUCCAUCGACUACAAAUCCGAUGCAUUAAUCCAAAAGACAAUUAGAGAUGAAUUUGGAUCUAGUACCAUUUUAACCAUUGCCCAUCGAUUAAGGACAAUUAUUGAUUAUGAUAAGAUUUUGGUUAUGGAUGCUGGAAAAGUGGUCGAAUAUGAUAAUCCAUAUGUUUUGAUCACCAAUAAGGAUUCAUUGUUUUAUUCCAUGUGUGAGAAUAGUGGUGAACUUAAUAGCUUGAUUGCGUUGGCGAAGGAGUCAUCUGGAUCAGAAACUACUAGUGAAGAGACUCUUUCUUCUACAGACCACUUACCAGGGCUUCCCACUGACCUGCAACUACAGUCCAAUAGCCCAAUUACCAAUACUCAAACACCACAACACAGCACAUCCACCUAUCGAAAGUCUGAUUCCAUUGAAAUGGUAACUCUCGACAAGCCAUAUGAUUCCAAAGCGCCUGCAGCUGGACUGUACUCUGAAUUGAUUUCAGAAGAUGAAAUAACAACAGAACCACAAAUUGACUCAAUGUACACUAGUCGACACCCGUCAUCACACUUGCAAUCCUUGGAGGAAUUGCCACAGGGAAGACACUUGGGAUUAUACUCCACCAUCAUACUAUUCAUCAGCAGGAUACUAGGAAGUGGUAUAUUCAGCAUCACAUCAGGGAUAUACAUAGAUUGUGGACAGAGCCCAUUUCUUUUCUUCCUAGCCUGGGUUGUUGCUGCCAUUGCCUCGUUUGGUGGAUUGUACGUGUUUCUCGAAAUGGGUUCCUUAGUGCCUCGAAGUGGUGGUGCAAAAGUGUUUUUAGAGUUCAUAUAUACUAAGCCAACCUUGUUGGCUACCGUGGCAUUUUCUAUCUACCUGGUCAUGUUUGGAUUUACCAUUAGCAAUGUUUUGGUUUUUGGUGAAUAUUUUAUACAUGCGUUGGGCAUUGCCAUCACGCCAUGGCGAAUUAGGCUCACUGGUUUGUUGUUCCUUUAUGGGGCAGCUUUGAUUCACGGAGUGAGCGUUAACCAUGGUGUUAGGGUCCAAAAUAUCCUUGGCGCUUUGAAAUUAGUUCUUGUGGGGAUAAUGGUUGUGAUGGGAUUGUUCGUUGCCAUUCUUCCACAGCAUGUCACACAAUUGGAAAGUCAUUUAGCUUGGGACGAUUUUUGGCAAGUGAAAAAAAGUGCCAGUCUAUCUUCGUUCUCAAGUGCCAUUAUUAAAGCUAGCUUUGCGUUUAGCGGUUGGAAUUCUGUUCAUACUGUCUCAAAUGAGAUCAAGGAUCCAAUUCGUACAUUCAAAAUCGCUGGUCCUGUGUCACUUGCAAUCAUGGCAGUCACCUACGGCAUCAUCAAUUUAGCUUACUUGAUUGUUAUUCCCGAUGAAGAAAUUGUCAACUCGUCAACCCUAGUUGGUUCCAUUUUAUUUGAAAAGAUCUUGGGCAAGCAAUUAGGACGUCACUUCCUUACAUUUGCCAUCGCCAUCUGUGCUGGGGGAAACAUCUUCGUUGUCAUAUACACCAUUUCCAGAGUUGACCAGGAAGUCUUUCGUGAGGGUUACUUGCCAUUUUCGAAAUUCAUGUCGUCAAACUGGCCCUUUGGUGCACCAUUGAGGAUCCUCGUUUUAAGUUGUACAAUUACUACUGUCAUCAUUCUAGGAUUCCAUGAAGGUGAUGUAUAUAGCUACAUGGUGUCGCUUGAAGGGUACCCUCAGCAGAUUGCCAUUGCAUUGAUUGCAAUUGGCAUAUUCAUCAUCCGAAAACGAUACCCACAUUUACAUGCACCAAUUAGAGCUGGCUAUUUUGGCACAAUUGCAGUUUUAUUAAUCAGCAUCUACUUGGUGGUUGGACCCUUUAUAUCCUCGAGUUCGCCAAACCCCAAAGGAUUAGAAAGCUGGCCAAACUACGGCCUAGUGGGGCUUAUCUGUGUCUUGAUAUGCAUAUUAUAUUGGAUAUUUAUGUUUCGGUUGUUGCCGUGGUGGGGAAAUUACCAGUUGAUGAUAGAAGAAGCCACCUUGAGUGAUGGGUUAACGAUAAAAUCGUGGGAAAAGAUACAUGUUUCUCACGAUACGCCUUAUAGAACGUUGCUCAAUGAAACAGGUGGUUAA